GAGAGGGAACUAAGAAACGAUUUCAAUUCUCGCUUCCUAUUCCCGGGCAUUCCCGGCAAUUCCCGGGGACUCGGGGCCUGCUUCACUUUUUUUCACGUAACAUCGGGCAUGAAAGAAAAACGGUAAUUCUUCGUAUUUACGGUAACCGUUGCCGACGAAUCAAACGUUAAAAGAAAUAAUUUAGUGUACGCGUUGACCGGAAAGCCCAAGUGAAUCGCGGACACGGGAAAUAUUAUAUUUGGACCGAUUGGGCACGCGCAGGUACUUUUUUGGCAUUCGAUUCGGUAUUCGCGGGGACCGAGUCACGUCCGGCGGUGCCUGCGGUUCGUUCGUCGAAUGCAGUCGAAUGCAGUCGAAUGCAGUCAAAUGCUCUUACCAGCUAUUACGUUUUCCGGAGAUAACGGAUUGACGAUAUCGUCGCCGCCUAGCGGUGGAACGAAUAAACCAGAAGUUAUCGUUAAACCAUUCUCGCUUAAUUUCACUUAAUUUCCCGAUAAAUUGCUUACAGAGGAUUUUUGCCAUUUCCCUUUACUUGGACCGUAACCCGAAGAACGAAUCGUUCGAUAAAAGGUGGAGGCUGCAAUUAACGAACACGCAAUUUAGGGCUCGCGAGGGCAAAUUUCGAGAUCCGAUCCGACCGAGGGAUGAGCAUGAAUCACAGGUGAGCCGGAAGAUCCACUUGGAUCUGCUUGGAUCCGAGCAUCGGUGGAGAGUAUCGCGCCGCGGGGAAUUUCACGGAUCCCUCUCGUCAGACUUUGGGCAAAGAUGAGCCUCGGCAUAUCGAAGCUCUUCUCCAAGAAGAAGAUCGUUACCAACAGCGUCUCGGAGAUCGGUCUCCCGACCAACGUUUCGCAUCAGUUUCACGUCAGCAAAAAUGCGGAGACCGGCCAGUUGGAGGGCCUCCCCGAUCCUUGGAUCAGGGAGCUGAACGCGCAAAUCUCCAAAUCCGAGCAAAACGAACACCCGGCAGCGGCUCUACAGGCCAUUAAGUUUUACAAUUACUCCAUCAAGAAGAAGCCCCAGGAAGAAGUGUUCAAACCGUUCGUCACGGAGGAUCUGAUCGAGGAGGAGUCCCAAGAGAUAGAUAAAAUUCUCUCCAAGAAGAAGUAUCGUUCCGGCGAUUCCGAUGGAUCCACGUCUGCGAGUUCGACGGAAGGACCGCAGCAGAGGCUACCCGACUUACCUCCAAAGGUAGGGAAGCCACCAAAACCUGCCCCGAGGAAGUACGUCGAAAGGAUAGAGAAGACCUUGACGGAGAUUCUCGAGGAUCUGAAUACUUACCGAACAGACGACGUCGUCGUCACGGAAGAGAUUCGACCGGUCGACGAAGAAAGCCCCGUUCUGAGGAGAAGAACCGAAUGUAGGGUAGGAAAGCUGAGCGACGUCGAAGUAUACCAAGAACUGCGUAGCAUCUGUCAGGUCGGCGAUCCUAAUAAAAGGUUUCAAAGGACCAAAGAGGUCGGUGCCGGUGUUUCCGGAACGGUGUUCGUUGCCACCGACCUGUUCGAUGACCAAAAAGUUGCGAUAAAGGACAUCGACCUGUCCAAGCAACCCAAAAAGGAGCUCAUUUUAACUGAAAUCAAAGUACUGAAAGAGUUUCGGCAUCCAAAUUUAGUCAACUUCUUGGAUGGGUAUUUAGUGGACGAGCACUUGUGGGUUGUAAUGGAAUUACUCGAAGGAGGGCCCUUGACCGACGUGGUCGUCGAGACGGUUAUGAAGGAGGCCCAAAUUGCUGCGGUCUGCCGGGAAGUUCUCAAGGCCAUUAGCUUCCUGCACUCGAGGGGCAUUAUUCAUAGAGAUAUUAAAUCGGAUAACGUGCUUCUCGGUAUGAACGGAGCUGUCAAAGUCACCGAUUUUGGGUUCUGUGCAAACAUCGUGGGAGACGAGAAGAGACAAACGAUGGUAGGCACUCCAUACUGGAUGGCUCCCGAGGUAGUAACGAGGAAACAAUACGGUAAGAAAGUGGAUAUUUGGUCCCUGGGGAUCAUGGCCAUUGAAAUGAUAGAGGGGGAACCACCUUACCUGAAGGAACCUCCACUGAGAGCUUUGUACUUGAUCGCUGCCAUUGGAAAACCUUCCGUUCCUAGAUGGGACACGCUGAGUCCGGUGUUCCAAAAUUUUCUUGAGAGGUGUUUAACCGUCGAAGUCGACGACAGGGCCACUGCCGAUGAACUGCUCGCUCAUCCGUUUCUCAAAAAUUGUGCCGAUCUGUCUACCUUGACGCCCCUCAUUAAGGCAGCACAGCAAAUUCUUCAUAAAGAAUUUUUGUGACCUAUCCAAUGGCGGUGAUGUUGGAUUAAUGCUUUCACAGUCAUAAGUUUCCUGCAUUCGAAGGGAAUUAAUAAUAGCGACGUUGAAUCCGAUAAUGCUUCUUGGUACAAAUAGACCUAUUGAAAUUAUCGACUUCAAUCUUUGUACGAACAUCAAAGGAAAUAAGAAAUGACGAACAGUGGUCGAUA